AUGUGUUUUUUUGGCUUCGUGACGCGUAUCCUGGUUAUCGUUUUUGGCGUCAUAGUGCCGGCUCGCCACACGCAGAAUGCGCUGGGCGAGGAGGAGCUGAAUGCGUGGGCCAAGUACUGGGUUGUCUAUGCGUGGCUUAUAUGCAUUGAGCUGUUCGGAGACGCAUUGUUCAGUUGGCUGCCAUUGUAUGUGGAGGCGAAGCUGCUGGUCGUGCUUUGGGUGGUCAUCGCCGCGCCCCAGUCCAGCGUCUGGAUCUUUGACGAGAUUUUGGAUCCGCUCCUGAUACGCCACAUGGCACAGAUUGAUGAAUUACUGCAGCACAGCAAGCGGUAUCUGCUGGGAGAUGCCAUCAGCCAUUCAUCGGAACUAUGCUUUCGCAGCCUGGACACAAUAAGCUCCAUAGUAUCGCAGAUUUGGCAUACGCCUGGCACAACGCCAGAUAACGAUGCUCAUUCUGUGCUAAGCACAGCCACCGAGGCCAACAAUCCGCCCUUUCCCGUGAAAAACUUUGAGUAA